AUGAGCGCAGACACGAAGGAGAUGCCCCUGCGACAGGGCACGACAAUGAGCAGCACCUUCAGCGGUGAUGGUGCUGUACCCGACCUCGAUCCCGCGACGACCGCCGGCCUCCUUGCCGAGAGACUGCAAGCCUGGAAACACGCCGUCGCGUACCUCGAAGACUAUGUCACCGCCGUCGAAAAGGUCCACCACCACCAUGCGAAGGAGUACGAGAAGGUGCUUAAGACGAUCUCUCAACCCCUGCGGGAGGGCAGACAUUUCGACCAAGGCCUCGGAGGCGUCGCCGGCUUCUUUGAGAACAUGCGUGUCAACACGCAGGCCCUUAUCAACUCGAACGCCGAGACGGAAAAGACCCUCAAGGGCACUGUGCUUCCCGUUCUGGAGAGACUGCACAAGGAAAUCAAGGCCAAGGCAAAGGAAGUCCUGAACGGCGCCCAGAAGAGCGCCAAGGAGGUUGACAAGGCCAGAAACACCACCCAGAAGCAUAUCGAGCUGCUGGGCCAGCACACCGCGUCCUUCGAGUCGACCGGCGGGAAAAUGACCCCGGCCGACGACCCCUACGUCAUUCAACGUGGUGUUCUCCACAGGCUCAACAAGCAGGUCAUUGAAGAGAACAACCACCGGAACGACUUGAUUCACGUUCAGGACAGCUUCCAGGCCUUCGAGGCUCACGUCGUCCAGGUCGUCCAGCAAGCCAUGGAGGCCUUCAACGCUGUGGCUGGAGGACAGGCCGAAAAGGUCCGGGCCCUAUACUCGGAUAUGCUGGGUGCGGCACAGCGCAUCCCCGGCGAUUUCGAGUGGAAGGGUUUCCUCCACCGCGAGGGCGCCAACCUGGCUGACCCGAACGAGGCGCCCCGGAGCGUGGAUGCCAUCACGUUCCCCAACCAAGACCACACAUCCACGAAGCCUUUAAUUGAGGGAAGCUUGGAGCGCAAGUCACGAAACAAGCUGUCGUGGGGCACCCAAACUGGUUACUACGUCGUGACGCCGUCCAAGUACUUGCAUGAGUUCAAGGAUGAUGACAACUUGCGAAACGAUCCGAAGCCCGAAUUGUCAAUCUACCUCCCUGAGGCUGUCAUCGGGGCACCCAGCGGCGAGAAAUUCAACGUCAAGGGCAAAGACAAGAGCAAGAGCAUCAGCAGCAAAUUGACUGGCUCGUCUGAGUUGUCAUUCAAGGCUCACACAGCGGCAGAUGCCCAGAAGUGGUUUGAGGCUAUUCGCAGUGCUGCAGGCGCUGCUGCCGCGACCGGCCCAGCCUACGAGAGCACUCCCAACUCGCCCAUCGUUGGCGGUCCCGACUCGGCCGAUGCUAGCCCCGCUGGUGAGAAGACCGAGGCUGCUGCUCACAAGGAGCAGGAGGCGGGGAUUACCGGCAACACAGUGACCAGCCCAACCGAGAUGUCACCGGUGAGCCCGCAGGAUACCAAGGAAGCUCUACCUGCUACCACGGCCGCUUCCGAGGAAAAGAAGGCAACUGCUUAG